AUGGGGACGGGGGGUGGUGACGGGGAUGGGGACGGUGAUGGUGGGGACAAGGACAGUGACGGGGACAGGGACAAUGACGGUAGCGGUGAGCUGGCCCUGGCAGCCCCGGCUGAUUCACGGCUCCCGGUGUCCCCGUGUCCCUGGCCGCUGCCCAGCGCUGGCAGUGCCCCACGGCUGCGCCCGCCCGGCCCCCCCGGGCACCCCCAGCCCCAGCGAGAGGGACCUGGGGGGCAGCGCCCUCGCCCACCCAGCCGGUGCCAGCGGGGCCGGGGUCGGCAGGACUCGUCCCGGCAAUGGGGGGUCCCCGGUGUCCCCAGGCUGCCCCCAGCAGCCAGCGAUGCCCCAGUGACACGCCCCGGCUGGUGGCACCGCCGGGUCCCCACACACCCCGAGUGGGGACACCCCCGUCCCCCGGUGCCCACCGACCCCGGAGGCUUCGCCGUGCCUGAGCCGGGGACACCCACACGCCCCCAGUUCCCGCGGCCCCGGUUCUGCCCGACUGCACAGCCGGGGCACCCCGAGAGUCCCUGGCACUGCCGGGGGGCAGAGCCCGCCGCGGUGACCGCAGCCGUGUCCCCCGUGUCCCCCGUGUCCCCUCACGGGCCCCGUGGCAACGGCGGGGGCAGGGAGAGCUCAGCGUCACCCUGGUGGCACAAUAACCACGGCCGAGGCAACCAAGAGAAGGGUCCCCCCCACCCCACCGAGCGCCCGGCAGCAGGGCCUGGAGCUCCAGGUGGGAACGGGGCUCCCACGGGGCCCCCUCACGUGUGCGGGCAGGUGCGGGGCCGGGGGCGCCCCGAGGGGCUCGGGCAGAUGCGCCGGGGCUGCUCCGUCCCCCGGCAGCUGCCGGGGACCCCGGGGACAGCCCCGGGCGUGGCUGCGCGGGAUCCCGGGGACACCGCGGGGCGGGGCACGCAGCGGCUCCCCCAGCCCGCACAGCCCUCCCGGGAUGCCCGGAGCCGCCACCCCCGGAUCAUUAGCGGCGAGAAAUCAGGGUGUAAUUAA